AUGGCUCGUGUGCUGGCAGCGAAGAACGGCGGACGGGAGCUAGCAGCUCCGCGUGCCGUGCGUGACGCGGGCAUGUCCUCGACGGCCAUUCCACUCCUAACACGCUCCAACUACCACGAAUGGUCGCUGCUCAUGCGCGUCAUUCUCGAAGGCCGUGGCUGGUGGAAGGCGGUGGAGACGGGUGACGCAGAGUUCACCGACGACAGGCUGGCACUCGAAGCAAUCCUUCGUGCCGUGCCGCCGGAGAUGCUCGCCACCCUCGCCGUCAAGAAGACAGCCAAGGAGGCUUGGGACACACUCAAGACUCUACGACUCGGCGCCGAGCGAGUGCGCGAGUCGAGGGCGCAAACGCUGCGCCUCAACUACGAGGAGAUCAAGUUCCGUCCAGGGGAGUCAAUCGACGACUUCACCAUGCGACUCCAAGCUCUCGCCAACGAGUUGGAGGUCCUUGGCGACCCGCUUGACGAGAAGAAGGUCGUCCUCAAGCUGUUGCGUAUCGCUCCUAAGCGGUACAAGCAAUUGUGUUGGUCGAUUGAGAGCUUGGUGGACUUAAAUAAUUUGUCCAUUGAGGAGCUCGUCGGCCGGCUCAAGGUCGUCGAUGAAAGAGACGACGACGAGCACGACUCCAGUAGCAAGCUCCUGCUCACGGAGGACCAGUGGCGCGCUCGCAUGCAUCGCGAGCGCGACAGUCCGUCUGGUAGCAGUGGUAGCAGCUAUGUGCCGAACCGGCGCCGCGGAAGAGGUCGCGGGCGUGGCCAGGACGGCGCACGUAAUAAGGCUGGAGAUGGCGGCCAACGCGGCCGCGGUGCGAACGGCGCCCCGCAGGACAACAAUUGUCGGUACAGCGGUAUACCGGGCCACUGGACUCGUGAGUGCCGUAAGAAGCAGCGGGAUGAGGCACACUUGGUGCAAGCCGACGACGACAACGAACUGGCGAUGCUAAUGGCACAAGUGACUGCCAUCUCGAUGGAGCCCGAGCGUACUGGUGGCCAUGUCUUCCUCAACGAAGAACGCACAAAGGUACGGCUUGGCGACGAGGCGGAACCCGUCGAUGCGCCGUGGUAUCUAGAUACCGUUGCAUCGAACCACAUGACGGGCGACCGCACAGCCUUCGCCGACCUUGACGAGAAGGUCACUGGCUCGGUGAAGUUCGGCGACAACUCCGUGGUGAACAUAUGCGGGCGCGGUACCGUAAUGUUCACUAGUCGCGGUGGUGAGCACCGCGCGCUAACGGAGGCCUACUACAUCCCACGCCUGAAGACAAGCAUCAUCAGUCUUGGCCAACUCGACGAGAAUGGCUGUGAGACGAUGAUACAUGACGGCACCAUGUACUUCCGUGAUAGGAACCGGCGCCUCCUCGCCAAGGUGGCGCGCUCACGGAACCGCUUGUACCAGGUUCCUCUACAGAUCGCGCAGCCGGUUUGCCUCUCGGCUCGCCGCGGUAGUGAUGCAUGGCGCUGGCACGAGCGCCUUGGCCAUCAGCAUUUUGGUGCUCUGGAGAAGAUGGCGCGCACGGGCAUGGUGCGCGCUCUCCCAGAGAUCGACCAUGUCGAUAAGCUUUGCGAUGCUUGCCUGGCGGGGCAAGCAACGUCGCGCCCCGUUUCCUCAAACGGCCAAGUUCCGUGCGACGGAGAAGCUCGAGUUGGUGCACGGUGA